AUGGACGGCUUCACCUUCCCGCACUUCCCACCCACAAAAUCCUUCGCCCAAUUCGCUCUAUUCCGGCAAGUCGAAAAUGCAGCCCAACUACGCAAGAGGAUUAUCGAAGCCUCGACGAUGGAGGGUGAGAAGGGUGAAUCGGAGAGGGAGGCGGUGAAUUUUGCGUUUAUUGAGGCUAAAUUGAUCACAAGCAGACUGCAUCUCCAAACCGCAAUUCACCAAGCAAUACUAGCCUUCACCCAAGACGCCCUCAAAACGAAAUACGUCCACUCCGAGAUCCUGUUCGCUCUAAACCCAACGAACAAUAUCACAGAAGCCAUCCGCCGCUAUGGCGUCUCAGACACCACAACCGACAUGAUCGUCGUCCGCGUAGGCGACGUAGCCCUCCCACCCUCCAAUGCACAAGAACUCAUGAAAGACGUCGUCAUCGGGCACAUCGUACCCUUCUCUGAACUCGAGGAGAUAACCGAUUGGGCGGCUAUCAAGAAAUACUACAAACUCAACUCGGAACCGGCGAUCAAGGCUCUCAAAGGUGCAGAGGAGCGUACCGCGAUUGAUAAGAUUGUGGUUAGCACCGUCGCAAUGAAGAGCGUCAUGCAGUAA